AUGGGCAACAAAACGAUGUCGUUAGCAACAACAAUUGCCACAUUUAUCUGCUCGUUGCUCGCAUGCCACCCGAAAUCAACAUUGAGAAAAAAGGAGCUUCUAAUCAAGCUUCGUGAUUUAGCCCAAACCCCAAAAGGGAAAGAAGAAGUCAAUAAGCUUCUUGGAAGAGAUCAAGAGUUGCGCUGCUGCACAACUACAUUUCUGUCCCUCAAAGUCGUCGACCAGGAAUCUAGCCUUGUGCAGCACUAUCUUUCCGAUGAGCAAUUAAAGAAUGAGACCCAUCGAAGGCAAUUAGACGAUUUGAUUCUGAAUCGUACGAGUUACAACGAUUUCCUUCAAGGAAAUAGUGGUAAAGAAUUUCGCAUGGAAUGGUUUGGAAAGAGGAAAGAACAGCAGCUUUCAAAAGAUGAACUUUUAGUCCUGUCAAUUAAUCUUUGUUUGGCAGCAAGAGAUAGUGUGUUACUAGGUGAUUCUAUUAAGCUAUGGAAAAAGAGUGAGACCCUGCUAAGAAACCACAAAAGGAGGCUAAUGGGGCGUUUCGAAGCAUUUAAGGAGGGCAGCGAUUCAAGACUAUCAAAUGCGGAGAAACCGUAUCAAAGUACGCUGGAUCAAGUGGUGGUCCCAAUGGCUGUCAAAAGGAAGCACCGCUUUGUUUCCUUGCCUUGCUCAAAAGUGUCCCGGUACAAUGGUCAAACGUCUGCAGAAGAAAAUGACAAUCGAUCGUCUGACAUUUGCAUAGAACAACCUGUGGAGGGUCUCUCAUCAUCAGAAGGAGGCCAGGCUUCUGCAAAGGAAGAUCAUAACAAUCGAUUGUCUAUCAUUUGCAUAGAACAGCCUGUGGAGGCUGCCACAUCAGAAGAAGAAGUCACCGUGAGUGCGCCAUCAAAUCCAUAUCGCCCAACAAUUGAAGAACGUGAAAGGAUAUUUCGCCAAGAGAUUGCACGCCGAGGCUUACAAGCUGCCUUUGCCGCAAUGACGGAAACUCAUUCCACAGCUUCGGCAUUCUACGUUAAUCGGAAGCAUUUUGUUCAAGUCCCAGUGAGUAGCUCAAUGCAAUUGUAUGCCAGAAAUGCCAGAAACAGAAAAUGGGUUGAGAAAGCUAUUCAGAUUUCUAGCAACAACCUCUCAGCGAAUGAAAAAUCUGCAGCUCUCCUCACUUAUAUUUCAAAAACGUAUCCCGGCGGAUUUGACCUCUUUAUGAAACAAUACAACGUAAAAGGUGCCUAUGCUCAUCCUACCUAG